AUGUUGGUUAAGGUUCUAGUGCUUUUCUCAGAUGGGAACAGCGAGAAUAGGAGAGGCAGGAUCAUAGAUACCUACAAGCUUCGAGAUGUAGAAAAAUUAAUGAAAGACACAAAGAAGAUCAACGUUGCUGGUGCUCUUAUUUCCAACUCCGACAAUUCAAAACGAUUACAAGACCUUAAAGUCACUGUGUCGAAACCAGACGAUGCCAUAACCACCGAAUUUAGCACUUUAAACGUGAACAAUAUCGCAGAUCAGCUUGCGGAUAAGGUGAAACGGUUGGUGGCCUGUAAGGGUAAGUCACAAGUUCAAUUGAAAUUUAGAUGAUCCAUUUUUGAAAGAGUAAAAUGGAUUACUCUUUUUUUACCCUUUUUAAUUGCGAACUACUAAAAAAAAUAGUUUUUGGCCCAAAUUUUGAUCUAACUUGUUGUUAAACAUUGUAUUUCAGCAUAAUACCCCGGGCAUGAAAUCUAGCAAUUGUUAUCUAAUCAGAAAAUCUGAAAAUUUUCCAGUAUCCCUAUCAUCUAUUUGUCAUCUUUUGUACUAUAUAAGACGAGGUCACAUUCUUCUUUUUCUGUCAAAGAAAAUAAUGCGAUAAAAUAAAAUAAAUAAUGAUUUGGAGGUAGAACAUCCACAACGUGGUUCUUCGUCUACCUGAUUCCUGGUCAGAUUGUCUCAGCAGAGUGCGCUAUUCACGGGGAAAUAGCAAGUAGUCAGCUUGAGUCAGCUGACAGUGGUACAGUAAUCGGUUCAAUGAUUGCGCUUACACACUGUAAACGUAAGAAAGAGACUGGCAUCAAUGGACCUCUUUAACUUGUAUGUUUUGUUUUGCUAAUGAAAGUCUUAGGGGAAUUUCCAACUCUGUCUGUGUGUAAAACAGCGGAUAGUGUUUGUUGCGGGCUCCGAUUGGCUACUCAAAAUAGAUAUAAUUUAUUUAGUGCAUGCAGGGCUCCUGAUUUAGUGCCAUGAAUUUCAAAAACUUAAAAAACAGCGCGUGAUUCUAGCUUUGGUUUAUUAAACCGCCCCUAAAGAUACGUGUCUUUGAAGGCACAUACAAAUAAAAUUUACCGAAGCUAGUUUUUGCUUCUAAAUCAUUUUUUUUUUUGCCAGCUCGAUCGCCUUGACUCCCUGCAUCACUGUUAAUGCUUAUUAGGAAUUCAGCUAGCCACAUUAUGACAAUUUAAAUUACCUCACAAAAGAGACGGAUGAGCAGUGAUGUCCACUACAUGUUCGAGCAAUGUCAGUGGGCAAUGGGUGCUCAUGUAAAAUUGUACUUAUUUUUCUUAAUUCUAACAGUGAAGUACACAGUCGAAGUUUUUACUCCAGAAACAUUCGUAAACAGCGAAUACAAGCUGACUGUUAGGAUUGAAGGACAAAAUAACCAAAAAACGAAAGAUCAAGAAUUAAUCGACAUAACACAAGUCACGGAGGGGUAUGACUCUUACGUUUUGCAGUAAUUAACUCUACAUCAACACAUUCUACUGUUUAUACUCUCACUAAAACAGCAUUUUAUGUAAUCGUUUUCGAGCACUUUUUUUUGUUGUUUUUGUUUACCUUUGACGGCGUUAAAAACGGAUUUGAAUGUCCUUUCAACACGCUUUUAGUUUCUUUAUGACACUGGAAAACAGGAUUCUUAAUUCAGUUUUUCUUAGGUUAUAGAUGGUUUUCACAGUGUCGUCAUCAAAUUGUAAAUUUAAAAUGGGGCGGUUUUACGAAUUCUUUUUUACAUUACUUUCAAGAUAAACAAAUAAUAAGUCUUUCUACAAUUUUCCAUUCCCUUAGCAUUUUUCAUUUCGAAAAUACAGCAAUUUGAACUUUCAUAGAAAAAGUGAACUCCAGAUGUUUUUGUUGAUCUCCGGCGGCCAUAUUGGUGGACCAGAACGGUACACCAAUGUGACGUCUCCAUACACAGCUCUACAAAGAUGCGUGAAACGUUUCGGCAAAUAACUCAGAAACUGUGGGCCACAAUGGCCUGAGACUUGGACAAAUUGUUUAUAUGUUUGUCUUUUACAAAAUUUCAUUUUCUUGGCUUCUUCCACUGGACGGUUUCCAAUUUAUUUUUUUGUUGCGUGACAGUGAAAAGGAUCUAUUCGAAAACCGACAGAUUUAAAUGUUGCUUGUGGCUUUUCGUUUUCCUAUAUACAUUGUCCAUGGCAUUAGAAAAAGGGAUUAAUGUUUUGUUAUCCAUGUCAGUAUAGAAAAAGGGAUUGUCGUUUUCCUAUGUUAUAAGAGAUUCCCACCCGAGCACUUGCUAACACUUGCUGCUGUUCUAGAAGUUAUUUUGUGAAAUUAUUUGAAAAACAUCUUUUUUUUCGUUUGUCCAUUUUGUUUAAUUAUUAUUUUUGUCAGAACCCUACGCGUGAUAAAAGCAGAUUUUUUUGAUCUUGAUGUGGGAUCUGUGAGGACAGUU